AUGGGAGUAAUCCGAAGAAUCAUAAAAGAACAUAAGAAGUAGUCAGACGAGUAAAAUAUUAUAGAUACAAAUUAAUUCUUUGCUUUAGAAAAUGAAAAUAACGAGCCAAGAAAAAAUAGUUUUGAAUAUGAUGAUUGA